UUUUCCAUUGGGCAGUGGCUGAGGCUACGGCUGUGUGGGCGGAGUUUUGAGAGACGAGAGAAAGAGUGAAUUACUAGACGUUAUAUUUCUCUGAACUGGUUUUCUGUGACUGUACUGGACCUGUAUUUGCACAGUAUUGCUAUUAUGGAGCCCAGACAACAGGAGCUGUACUCUAGCGUACUCACUCCUGAAACAGCAGACUGGGACGAAAGAGGAGCUCUGCAUGCAGGUUUGUUGGAUAAAGAAGCUCUAAAGGAAGUGGACGAGGACAUGGUGUCAGAAGUGGAUCUCAACAACAUGAUCACAGAUGAGGAGCGAGAAGAAAUGCUGAAUGAACUGACUAAGUUAGAGGAAGAAAUAGCUACUUUGAAACAAGUCCUUGACUCCAAAGAAAAGCGCCACUUGGAUUUAAAAGAGAAAUUGGGAAUCACGCCUCUGGGUGAACUACGACACAAUUUUAGCAAGAACUGGAAUGACAUGCAGUCCAGCACAGCAUACAAAAAGACCUCUGAGACUCUGUCCACAGCAGGACAGAAAACCUCAGUGGCCUUCAGUAACCUGGGCACUGCCAUCAGCAGGAAGUUUGGGGACAUGAGCUAUUCUAUACGCCAUUCAAUGAGCAUGCCUACAAUGAGGAACUCUCCAAGUUUCAAGUCCUUCGAGGAGAAAGUUGAAACCACAGUUUCAAACAUCAAGUCAAAGGUUGGAGGAACAGGGGGGGCGGGCAGUUUUGAGGAGGUACUAUCAUCAGCAGCCCACGCCAGCGCCCAGAACACUCCUACAAACAAUGUAACAGAGAGCAGUGAGAACACAUGCUAAAAGUGUUAACAGUCCACAUGGUAACAGGUGGAACUCUCAUGCCCCCUAUUGGACACCAAUGUGCAAGAUGGGGAAAUACAAUUUUUUACCUUUCAGACAGUAUACAUGCAUAUUCGUCCGAAUAUUUCCUUGUUUUUUUACAGAAGGAAAACCAAUAGAUCUUAUUUAACUCUUACUGAAUAUAUGUGUUUAUUUUUUCAUAAAAAUUCCCUUUUAUGAAGCUAUUAUGAAUGCCCUGUAUUACUCUUAUCAUUGCUUUUAAACUUACUUAACAUACACUGUUACAUUUACAGGGCCAAAAUAAUGGCUGCACGUUCAAUCCUAAGAGAACAGAGAAUAUUUAAUAAACCUGAUGUCAGUUCUUCCAUUUGCAUAAAAUACAUGUCAUGUGUUCUAUUUGCAGUGUAUCCCCCAUGCUGAUAAUACCGAAUUGUUAUGUUUUACUGUUACCUUAAAUGUAGGCCUAUAUAUGUCCUAAACUGUAUUGGCAACAAGUCACUGAUCAAAAAUGUUUCAGGGGCAACAACAUAAACAAACGUUAUUUGGCCCAAACUUAACUUCCGCAAAGAAUCAAUAACUGUCGAGUAGUUUUAAUUUAAUAAACACAAUUAACAUACAAUAAAGUAUUUAUAUGAAUUAAUAUUAUAAAUAAAUUAUAAAAUAAAUGGUAAUAUUACAACCGAACACAGACCGGAAGUUAACUUCGGGCCAGUGAGUGCGUCCGAUAAAUUCGCCUCAUUACCUUGUUUUUACUUUCCUAUGAUGUGUAAGGAAAUGCAGAUGCAGCAGUGGUGAGCUGUUGUUUGCAUCAUUUCGUCAAUAAACGUUUUUCACAAUGUCUCUGAACUGAACUAUUUUAUUUUUAGAAAUGUUUAUGUUUAUGUUGGCCUUUCUUUCUUGAGGGGAAAAAUGGUGUUUCAAACAACUUGGCGGCGCUCCGUCGUCUUAACAAAGGUCUUCUGAAGCG